AUGAAGAUAGCGGUUGUAGGGUGCUGCCACGGCCUGCUAGAUGCCAUCUACAGAGCAGUUCCGGCGCAGACCAAGCUCCUCAUCAUAUGUGGAGACUUUCAGGCUCUCCGAAACCUUUCAGACCUCGAAACCAUCAGUGUUCCUCGCAAGUACCGACAUCUUGGUGAUUUUCACAAAUAUUACACCGGGGAAAAAACUGCUCCAGUGCUAACCGUGUUUGUCGGGGGCAACCACGAGUGCUCGUCGUACUUGGACGAGUUGAAAUAUGGCGGCUGGGUCGCCAAAAAUAUCUUUUAUUUGGGCCAAUUUGGUGCUGUUGUGUAUCGCGGAAUCCGAAUAGCAGGCAUUAGUGGUAUUUAUAACGAGUCCAGUUUCCGCAAAAACGAACCAGAUCCUCGUCUUCCAUAUACAGACUCGACGCUACGCUCAGCAUACCAUAUUAGACCGAAAACGUUUGUCAAAGCGUCUUUUCUCGAAGAUAUCGACGUUUUUAUUUCCCACGAUUGGCCCCUGGAAAUCACGAAAUGGGGCGAUGUCAAUAGCCUUCUUCGCUCCAAGCCGUUUUUCCGUCUGGACAUAGAAAAGGGUCAAUUGGGCAGUCCGGUAAACCAGCUACUUUUGGAAAAACUCAUGCCUCGACAUUGGUUCUCGGCUCAUUUGCAUGUCAAGUUCGAGGCAUUGGUCCGUCUGGGCCACAGGAACGAGGAGGAGAUCGAAAUCUCUAUGGAAGACGAAUCUGAGUCGUCGACGGUCGCCAAAGAAACUCGGUUUUUGGCGCUAGACAAGUGCAUGCCGAAACGAAAAUUCUUCGCAGUGGUCAAUAUUAAAUCAGCAAGCGCUGACCACGCUCUCUACUUGGACAAAAGAGCAAUUGCAAUCAACAAAGUCAUUGGAAAUUACCAACCUUCGUUAUCAAAAUUCGCAUCAACUGAAAUACUCGAUCUCGAAAAACGACAGCCGCAAUUGCACCAAGAAAUGGCUCAUGCCAUAGAAAAGGAAUACCACCGGCUUAACCAGGAACCGGAAAGACAUUUUCUUGCUUCAAACUUGAAAUUCAGGCAAUUGGCCCCGGGAGGUCCUGUUGCACCAGGUCUUAAAUCGUAUCCAAAUAAUCAGACAACAGAGUAUGUUGAACGCUACGGUAUCAGGAGUCAGAGAGCUACUCAGGAGUUGAGCUAA